AUGUGCUCAGCUGCAGAAGACAAGGAGGUAGUUUCAGUAUUAGAAGACUGGGGAGGGCAGGAACUCGAUGGACUUUCACCUUGCAUGGUCGAUACACAGGGGAUGAAAGAUCCACUUUUGGACUCCGAUUCCAAUAUUUUCUAUAUGAAUGUGGAGCCUAAUAUCACUUCGGACAAAAUAUUGGUAACAGAUUCUAUCCUACCAGUUGAUAUGCCACAAUCUUCUAAUGUUGAUGCAGUUAUUGUUGAACCUUAUGUUGGAAUGGAAUUUGAAUCAUUUAAAAGAGUUGAACAUUUUUAUACAUUAUUUGCUAAAGCAAAGGGGUUUGGGAUCCGUAUUCGCUCUAGUAAAAAAAAUUACGGACUUUUUGUAUGUUGUAAGCACGGUGAAAAUAGCAAGAAAGGCUGUAACAUGGGAGAUGCUAAGAAAAAGUCUUCAACUAUUCGCUCGGGAUGUAAAGCAUCACUUUCUGUGACAAAGGAAAAGAAUCGAGACAUAUGGGUUAUCAAAUCUUUUGACAACAAUCAUAAUCAUAUCAUGGCUAGUCCUAAGAGUGUGUCUUAUUUGAGGUGUCAUAAAAAAAUGAAUGGUGCUGCAAGAAGACUUGUUGAACAGUUUAAUGAAGAAGGUUUGCCUACCGGAAAGGUUGCUGCAAUGUUUAAUGGCAGCGAUUUAGCUUUUUCUAAUCGGGAUUGUUGGAAUCAAUUGAGAAAUCUUCGAAGGAAGAAUUUGGAUGUUGGAGAUGCAUUAGCUGUUUUUAAUUACUGCAAACAAAAGCAAGCUCAAAAUUCUGAUUUUUUCUAUUCAAUACAAUGUGAUGCUGAUGAUAGAAUGAUAAACUUCUUUUGGGUGGAUGCUAGAUCAAGGUACGCUUAUCAACAGUUUGGAGAUGUAAUUACUUUUGAUACCACAUAUAGAACCAACAAAUAUAGCAUGCUGUUUGCCCCAUUUACUGGAUUAAACCAUCAUCUUCAAUCAAUUUUAUUUGGUUGUGCCUUAUUACAAGAUGAAACCGAGAAAUCUUUUACAUGGUUAUUUGAAACUUGGCUUGAGGCAAUGAAUGGAAAAAAGCCAGUUUCUAUAAUAACUGAUCAAGAUUUAGCUAUUGGAGCUGCUGUGGCCAAGGUAUUUCCAGAAACUCGUCAUCGUUUGUGCUUGUGGCACAUUAGAAAGAAGUUUCCUGAAAAGCUUGCACACAUAUAUCACAAGAAUUCUACAUUCAAGCGUGAGCUGAAAAGGUGUAUUCGAGAAUCACCAACCAUCAAAGAAUUUGAAAAUGAAUGGAAAAAUAUAAUGGUUACAUACGAUUUGCAGAAAAAUGUAUGGUUCAAAGAUUAUUUGAAAUUAGAGAGUCGUGGAUACCGGUAUAUAAUAGAAGCAUAUUUUUUGUCGGUAUGA